UACUACAUCGCCAGUCGGUGCCCAACUGUCGUCGAAGUAACACGUGCAGUGUUCGUACUCAACAGCCGCGCCGGUGAAAUAAAACCUGAAUUAAAACAAAUCUUUUCAACCAUUUAACUGUGUUUUAUAAAUCACUGAUAAGUGUUUGAGUGCCACUGUAUACAGGAACCACGUGAUUGCAAGGUAUCCAAAUCAUCAGUGAGAACAGUGAAAGUGUAUUCAAAAUCAAUUUUUACUUACUCGUAUAACGUAACUUCAUUAUUUAACAACAUGACUUGAUAAAUAGAAAUAAAUAGUGUUGUGUUGAAGUAAUAAUAAUAAUUAGGCAUUAAAAAGUUAUUAGGAAGUGAUAAUAUCAGUGACAGUGUACAAAAUGGAAGCUUUGGAGAGGAGAGGAAGGCUGUUGGCGAUGCUGACCAUCGUUUUCAUCGUCUUUUGGUCUCAAUGCAAGGGCGUGUCGGGCCACAAGAACCACACGCGGAUGUCAUACGUGUGCCCGCCGCAGUUCGUGCGGCUGGGCCACAGCUGCUACUUCUUCAGCGAGAACAAGGCCACGUGGCACAACGCGCUUUUCGCCUGCAAGGACCGAGACAGCAACCUGUCGGUGCCGGCGCGGUGGGAGGACAGAAAUCUUCGGAACUACCUCAACAAGCAGAGUGUUGAGCGUGCCAGCCGUUGGAUCGGCGGCAUCUACGACUACCAGGCGCGCGCGUGGAAGUGGGGCGGCGAGCUGCGACCCAUGCACUACCAGUCCUUCUCCAAGAUGAAGAAGCUGUCCCCCAAGGAGCUCCACUUCCAGUGCAUCUCCAUGGCUCCGGAGCUUCUCUACAGGUGGGCACCGCAGAGAUGCUUCGAGCCUCUACAGUUCAUCUGCCAAACGAGACUGCAGAAGGUCCCCCAGUCCAAGCUGAAAGGCCUUCGCCGAAGGUACCAGCGGAUGGGCAAGAUCAACGAGAUCACAGUACCGAGCGUCAGCAAGGAGGAGGAUCCUCGAACGAAUGAUGUCACCAGCAAUCCCAUUUUGAACCCCAAAUCCAACAAUCUGCAACCAACUUCGCGAAAAGCCCAGAAGAACCCGAUACGCAACAACCCGAGGGUCUACGACCUACGGCCUAAUGAGCUGAGGAAGCGGUCGCGGCCUAACGCUCAGAGAAAGCUUAAGAGACCAUUCCCAGGUUACCGAUGGAACAGGCGCGACCCCGAAGGCUCGUACCAGCACAACGUCAACAUACUCCGCUCCGGUCGCACCGGCCUCAGCCCGCAGCAGAUCAACGGCCAUCUCUCGCGACUGCAACACAUGCGCGACCGACAAAUCGCACGACGCAAGCGACUGCGCGACAAAGAGGAAUGGCUAGUCAACGACGCCCCGCCGGCUAUGGUCCGCACACACGCCAGGACUUACACCGUUGACAACAACAUCAGCGCUCUUCAUCCUAAGACCAUAGUGGAAGAGUUUGAUAUGAUGCCUCCGCCUGCACCAGUUGUGUUGCCGAGACCAACCCGCGGUAUUUGGUAAUAGAUAGGGUAUAUAGUUUUUGGGAAUCUUUAGCCGGAACUCUCAGUAUAGUCAAUCUAUUUAGAAGUCCGUUUCGUUUUGGAUGUAAUAACAUGAACCAAGCGCGUUUGUUUAAACUGAAGCCUUGUUUUGUUAAAGACACUCCGUCUACUGUCUACUUACUACUAAUAUUUAAUAAAUACAUUUAAAACCAAACGAACUUCCAAAAUUAGACUAACUAUACUUUUAUACGAUUUACUUGGACAUUUCAUAUUGUAAUAAUAGGUAUUUCUUCUGGAAUCAAGUUUUUUUACAAGCUAUAAGUCGUUUCUGAAUACUUUUUACAGUUGUGAAGUAAGAUUUCGUUAUUUUUAGAAGUUUGUUCCUGUAUUAGUUAGUGCAGUUUUUCUUUACGACAUCAUAAUUAAAUGUAAUGCUCAUUUAUAAGCGAUGCACAAUAGUACAGUAAGGUUCUGAUUUCUGUAGACGCCGCAUAUUACCUGAAAGUUAAUAUGUUUCUCAAAACCCUAUAUCUAUUUAAAAUCCUCUGCUAUAUAUUUUUUUUUUUAUCUUUACGCUUCGAAUUCCUAAAGCUUUUAGCACUUCUGCAAGCGUUUCUUCUUCAAGCGUUACCAUUGGUUGGAUUUUUUUUGCUUUUAAAAAAAAAUAUUCAACGCUUUCGAAUAUUUUUACUGUUAUUUAAUCGCAAAGUGGCUAAAGGUGACAUUUAAACUAUCUCGUUUUAUUUUCUCCACAAAGCCCACCCAAUACGCAAAGAUCUUUAUUAAAUUUAGUCUACACGUGCAUGACUACUUUUUAUUAUCGGCCAACUGACGCAUCUAUUUAUUUUUGCUCAAAGAUUAUGAAAAGUCUUAUUAUAUCUGAGAAAAUAGAUUGCAACAGGCAAUCUAUUUUCAUUUCCAUUUUAUAUUUGCAAAAUAUUAUGGCACAAAAAUGUAAUCAAACCUUUUUAAAUAAGAAAUUAUAGUAGUAAAAUAAUUAUUAAAUAUAAAAUUUUGGAUUUUCAUACUUAUUCUGCACAUUUUAAACUAUACUAUAAAAUUUUCGUAGUCUUGCAAUUCCAAUUGUAUGGAUAUAAGGCUGACCGGCCUACAUAUGCGAUUUGUUAGUAUGGUAGCCGAUUACUAGUGUGUACGUGACCUAUAUUUAUUUACAACGAGUAUUUAUUUUUUAUAAAAUAUAUUUUUGUGUAAUGUUAAGAUGACUGUGAAAUAUCAAGUGAACACUUAAUUACAACAUCGUGUGUACUAAGUCUUAGGCUGUCAAACAAUCUAAUUUAUUAUGAUUGUGUUUAUGUAUUAUUAAGAGUUUAUUGGUAACUGUAUUUAAACUUCAAGCUUUAGAUGUAGAGUUGCAGUUUAUUGCAGUUCUGCAAACAGUUUGCAAUUUUAUCCUGAUAAUGUAUGUUUAACACACUCUAGAGUAAAAAAUGGACGUAGGUAUCUUGGCAAAAACAAAUAUUAUUUAAAAUGAAAUUAAAAUUAUCAUUAGGUUUCCGAACAUUUAUGUGUGUUGGCCCUUAUUAGAAAUAUUGUGUUAACUAUUAUUAUUUUGUCCCUAUUUCAUAUAUGAAAUGUUAAUUUUUUUUUAUCUUUUUAUAAUUCCUAGUUUGUACUAAAAGAAAAUACGACCUAAGUAUAGGUCAGGUUAUAGGCAUUCAUCAGUUAUUUUUAAACAGUUUAAAUAUUUUUCCAAAUUGCCUGUCUGUUUUUUUCUUUAGUCUGUGAUAUUUUAAGGUGAUGUUCAGACGGGAUGUUAUCGACGUAAACACAAAUGCAACAUCGUCUGAACGCUGCCUUGUAUUUCUAUUUAAUACAAAUAUUAUUUGCAUCUUUGUGGUCUACGCAGAUGUAUCAUUUUCAAUAUAAAUAAUUGCAUAUAAUUCCUAUGCAUUAAAUUUUGCACGUCUGUAGUUUUCUCGCUAUUUCUCGAGCCCAGUGAGCUCUGAUAUGUGUGUUGAGACCUUUGAAAAUGUGAAACAGAAUUUUAAUUUUAAGUUAGCUUAGACAUUUUAACGCACUAAACCCUAAUUUAAAAUCAUCAAAAUUACGUAGUGUAAGUCUAGUCAGUAAGCUAAUUCAAAAGUUGUACGAACGUAAGCAUUUAUAUAAAAAAAUAACGAUUAUUUGCAUUAUACAAUUGAGAAUACAGUCCACACUUGUUUUUGUAGGAGUAUCCCUGUAAUUUACCGGGACGCAGUGGCUUCGGUCGAGCCUACGUUCCUACCAGUAGAACUACCACCAAUAAUGAUGUUAUUUUAAUAUUUUCGUAAAUACUCGACUUUUUUAAACACCUUUCUGCUUUUAAAGUCAUUGUGUAAAAUCUAUACUUCUAUACUAAUAUUAUAAAGCUGAAGAGUUUGUUUGUUAGUUAUGUUUGAACGCGCUAAUCUCGGGAACUACAGGUCCGAUUUGAAAAAUUCUUUCAGUGUUAGAUAGCUUAUUUAUCGAGGAAGGCUACAGGCUAUACAUUAUUCCUACAAGAACGGGAACCACGCAGGUGAAACCGCACAACAUCAGCUAGUAUUUAAUUAAAAGCAAUAGUUAAUUUUGAAUUGUUAACGUAAAGCUGUUUUGUUUCUAUAGUAGCUGUGUGCCCAGGAUUUCAUCCAUGACUGCGUUACUCGCUAGUAAUAGUAGCAUAAAAUUAGUGAAAGAAUUUUUAAAACGGGUGUAAGCGUGAAAGCGUGACAUACAAAAAAUCACUCUGAUUAAUUAUAUUAGUUGGGAAUAUUGUCUAAAAUUACAAACGUGGACUAACAAUAAUUCGCCAAAAAUUAAAUAACCUAACGACUCAUUUUUUUCGUACAUAUUAGAAUUAUAACUUUUUUUUAUUUUAAAACAAAAUUGCUAGAAAUAUGUACAUUUUUUUUAAAGAACAUAAAUUAUAGAUUAAUAGAUACAUUAUUAUUAUUAACAAAAUAACGCUGCCAUUCUCAUUGAUGUAAGUGUAUUUAUGACAAUACGAAAUGAAGUCGUACUUCAUAUUGGCAUUUGCUUAAUUAAAUCUACUUUAAGUUAAUAACAUUAAAAUUAAAAUAAGUAUUAAUAUCAUACGUUCAUACGUUCCAAUGUAUGCUUCAACAAUGUGCCGUAAAAGUUGGGGAAACUGAUUUUAUUAACUACCAUUUACCACUCUCCCUACCUACCUACCACUUAGGCUGUACUAACCAUCUACGAUAACCACCUAGGCUAACCACCUAAACUAACCACCUAGCUAACCACUGGAACAACAGCUUGUUGUUGUACAGUGGUUCGCCUAUGUGGCUUCGGGUCACGAUUUCUGUGAUUCGAGUCCUGAGUCUGAAUUAUUGAGCUUUGCAGAAAGAUUUUCUACUAUGGACAUGUCACUAGCGCGCCGAAACUGUGGCGAAGAAGGCGCCAAAUUAUAUAAUGUAAAAUAUAGAUGACUUUACCCUAUGUUCAGUUGAUCUAAAUCAGGGAUUUGUAAAGUAAAACUGAAUUAUCAGGUUACCAACUUUUGCGGCGCGAACUGUAAGUUAAAAAAAAUAUAAUAUUAUACUGAAACUUCUUAGUUAUCAUUGUAGUGCCAAUAUCUUUGUCCUCGCAUUUAAAAAUAAUAUUAAAAUAAUUUGACAAGUGUAAUUUAUUAAAAGUUGUAAACCUACUUAGUUUACUUUCUACAUACGAGUAAGUAAUGUUAGUUUAUUAUUUUCAACAUUAGCUUGAUCUUAUACGGUACAAUGUAUUAAAUACGUACCUACUAUUAUAUAUAGUUUUCGAGCCUUAAGCUUUUGUAUCUUUUUCAAGCAACCAAAAAUUCAUUCGUUUAACACUUUUCUUUAUAACUAUACAUAAGUUGGUUGAAAUAUUGGUUCAACCUACUUGCUUAUACCUACUUAACCUGCUUAACUGCUAGGUGUGGUCACGCUAGUGACCAUCAAAAGAUGACCACAGAAUUUGGUAUGAUUGACCAUUAUUGCCUAACUGUUUGUUCACCCAAUUUGUGACAGUAAUUUCAUUUUAAAAACCGAUCAUGGACAAACAAAUGUGAAUUUGCCAUCUACUUACUCGGUUGUAUUCGUCCAUCAUGACCGCCAGUGUAGAUGAGCCGUUAUAAAAAACUCAACUCUUAGAUUUUGUACCAAAAAAAAUAAUCUUUUGAAUAACGUAUGUUUCCCUAUCUACGAAAAGAUGGCGUUACUAGUAUAUAAAUAAAAGUUUAAAAAAACAAUAGUUUUCCUAAUUCCAAGCAUCCAACAUUAUGUAUUUUAAACACUAAUAUAAUUAUUUAAUCUGUAGAAAUAACGUUCAUUACCGUUUUUCGUACCAAUAUGUUUUAAAAUAUCAAAAAUGCGGCUGUAAAAAUUAUUACAAAUUCUAUGUGAAAUAUCUUUACAGUGCUGCACACUUGUCAAUAUUUUGUAAGAUAUAAAAUUAAUUUUAAUACUAGUCCAAUCUGUAAUAGAUUUUAAAUAAGUACGUUACAUGAAAUAGUAUUACUUUCUCCAUAAAUUAAUGACUUUAACUAUCUAAGUUAAAUUAUUGACUUUUAUAAUAAAUACUAGUAAAAUGGUCCAAAGUUGAAAAGUUUGAAAACAUCAAGUGACACAUUUGUACUCAUAAAUUUAAAGAAUAUAUAAUCAAAAUUGUAUAACGUAGUUCUAAUUACUUUCAUUGUAGAUUUUAAGGAAAAUAAAAAGCAUCUGAAUACUGCAA